AUGUCACCGCAGAGAAAGCUGCUGCUGCUGGGCACGUUUGUGCACUCCAAAACGCAGCAGACCCUCGACAUCUUCCACAGCGCGGGCAUCGCCGUCGACGCCCGGGGCAAGAUCGCCGCCAUUGAGCGGGAUGCGCCGGACCUGGGCGAGGCCAAGGCGCGGCUGUUGACGAAGCUGGGCUGGGACGAGGCAGAGGUGGACGUGACGCAGGCUGCGGACGGGCAAUUCUUCUUCCCCGGCUUCAUCGACACGCACAUCCACGCCCCCCAGUACGCCAACGCCGGCAUCUUUGGCAAGUCGAGCCUCCUGGACUGGCUCGAGACGUACACGUUCCCGCUCGAGGCCAGCCUCGCGGACCUGGCCAAGGCGCGCCGCGUCUACGCGCGCUGCAUCCGCCGCACGCUGUCCCACGGCACCACGACGGCGACGUACUUUGCCACGCUCGACGUGGCGGCGACGAACCUGCUCGCGGACCUGUGCCUGUCCAUGGGCCAGCGCGCCUUCGUCGGCCGCGUGUGCAUGGACCGCGCGGAGACGAGCCCGGCGUACUACCGCGACGCCUCGGCCGAGGCCAGCCUGGAGGCGACGCGGCGGACCAUCGAGCACGUCCGGCGCAUCGACCCGGGCUUCGACGUCGUCUCGCCCAUCCUGACGCCGCGCUUCGCCCCGUCGUGCACCCGCGAGGUCAUGGCCGGGCUGGCCCGGAUCCACCGCGAGACGGGCUUGCCCAUCCAGACGCACGUGUCGGAGAACGCCGGCGAGAUCCAGCUCGUCGCGCGGCUGUUCCCCGAGGCGAGCUCGUACACGGACGUGUACCGCCGGCUGGGCCUGCUCACGCCGCGGACGGUGCUCGCGCACGCGGUGCACCUCUCGGAGGACGAGGCCGACGCCAUCGCCGGCCAGGGGGCCAAGGUGUCGCACUGCCCGUGCAGCAACACGUCCUUGACGAGCGGCGCGGCGAGGGUGCGCUGGAUGUGGGACAAGGGCAUCGACGUCGGGUUGGGCACCGACGUCAGCGGCGGAUACAGCCCUUCCAUCCUCGAAGCGGCACGACAGGCCGCCAUGGUGAGCCGGCACGUGGCCAUGAACAUCCAGAUACCCCCUGACGACGAUGCCGCCGCUGCGGAAGAAAAGACGAAGGAGAAGGAGAGAGUCAAGCUGACGGUCGAGGAAGUCCUCUAUCUCGCUACGAGGGGCGGCGCGAAAUGCGUGGGCUUGGAGGACAAGGUAGGGGCCUUUGAGGUGGGCAUGGAGUGGGAUGCGCAACUCGUUGCUCUGAGCAAUGUGAAUGACGACGGAGAGCUCCCUGAUGAUGCUGCUGCUGCUAAUGAUGAUGAUGGUGGUGAUGACGAUGGGUUUGUGGAUGUGUUUGGGUGGGAGAGCUGGGGCGAUAGAGUGGCCAAGUGGCUGUACAAUGGAGACGAUCGCAACACGAAGAAGGUCUGGGUAAAGGGCAGGCUGGUGCAUAGACGGCGAUGA